GAAGCUCUCUCUCUCUAACUUUCUCCUCUGAAAUUAACACACAAAUUUAUUUCUCUGGCUCGAAGCUGACGUCAUCAUCGUCUUCAAUUGUGUCGGUAAUACGGUCCGAAAAUGGGACAGGCACAGAGUAGUGAAAUUGUAGAGGAUCAAACGAGCCAAGCAGCCACAACUCCCCCGCCAACCGAGACUUCUUCCGAAAAGCCUUCGCUCGAUUCUUUAAUAGCCGAAGCAGCUGCAUACGGUGAAGAUGACACCACUGAAUUAUCACCUGAAGCCAAGGCUCAAAAGGCACUAGAUUGCCCCUGCAUUGCUCACUUGCGGAGCGGUCCGUGUGGGUCCCAGUUCUCGGAAGCGUUCGUUUGCUUUCUCAAGAGCACCGCUGAUGAAAAAGGGUCCGAUUGCGUCAGCCCUUUUGUGGCUCUGCAGAAUUGCAUCAAGACGAAUCCUGAUGCCUUUUCGAGUGACGUUUUGGAUGAAGACGAGGUCGAGAAAGUCGAGGAAGAGAAACCCAAAUCGGACACGCAGUAUAAGAUUCGGCCUCCCCUUUGGUCGAACGAAUCGAAAUCUGCAAACAAGUGAAGAUGAACGUCUCUUUCUUGAUUUAGGGCUACUUUUUAUUUGAUCUGUUGAAAUUGGUGAGUGAGGUUGGCUACUGAGCUAAUAUUAAUAAGUUUUAGUUGAGAUCAAAUAUGUUUUUUUUUUUUUGCAUGAUUUAUUUGAGUUCGAAAAUUCAGGAUAUUGACCAGUCAAUGGGUUCUUUGCAGUAAAAAGAUUACUUGCAGUUCCACACUUUGGUGUAAUUGAAUUUUAUUAUCAUUGAUUAUCGAAUUGAUUAUUUUUGCUCUA